AUGUAUGCGACACCUCUCGAACUGAAUGAGGAAGCAAUCGCCCGAGGGGUCGUUCUGAAGCCAACUGCCCCGUUCAAUUUGAGCUCAUCAAAGGCCGUCAAAGGAUAUGACUUCGAUAACGGAGUUGAUUUCGAAGCCAUCCUUAAAACCUUCAAGACAGUCGGCUUUCAGGCCACAAACUUCGGCCUUGCCGUAGAUCAAGUCAAUACAAUGAUUAACUGGAGACUUUCAGAUGAAGAGCCUCACCCCAAUGAAGCUGAAGAAUACCUGGAUCCAGAUGUCAGGAAAAACACCAAAGCGACCAUCUUCUUCGGAUUCACGUCCAACAUGGUUUCUUCUGGAAAUCGCGAAAUUAUCAAAUUUCUUUGCAAACAUAAGCACGUGGAUGUUGUUGUGACAACCGCUGGUGGAAUAGAGGAAGACCUAAUGAAAGUUCUGGCCCAUCACUACCUCGGCUCAUUUGACUUGGACGGCUCAACCCUUCGUGCUCAGGGCAUGAAUCGAAUCGGCAAUUUACUCGUUCCAAAUGACAAUUACUGUCUAUUCGAGUCCUGGAUCAUGCCCAUUUUCGAACGCAUGUAUUCCGAGCAAAAGCGCAUGUCACACAUAUGGACUCCGUCAACCCUGAUCGACCGCCUAGGGGCGGAGAUAGACAACGAAGAGUCAAUAUACUAUUGGUGUCACAAGAACAGAAUUCCCGUUUUUUGCCCAGCCAUUACAGAUGGAAGUAUAGGAGACAUGCUGACGAUGUUUUCUUUUAAACAUUCAGACUUCAUCUGCGACGUGGUCCAAGAUGCCAAGAAGAUCAACCAUAUCGCCAUGAAGGCAAAGAGAAUUGGCCAGCUGAUCCUGGGAGGCGGUGUCGCAAAGCACCACAUAUUCAAUGCUUCCUUGUUCGGCAACGGAGCCGAUAACUCUGUUGUCAUUAGUACGGCGCAAGAAUACGACGGCUCAGACUCCGGCGCCACGCUGGAGGAGGCGAAAUCCUGGGGAAAAGUUAAGGCAAAUUCGAAAGCCAUCAAAAUAUUCGCGGAUGCAACAUUAAUCUUUCCGUUGCUCGUCGCGGAAACUUUCGCAAAGGCGAAGAAGGAUUGAAUUCUUAAUGCGGGAAC